GUCAAAUUACUUGUCAAUCAAGAGUGUUACCAUAGUGACAGAGAGCAAAGUAUCUGACUGGUAAACUUGUAUUCACUCAUCCGUUGUUCAUACUGAUGAGCGAGCGAAGUUAGAACAGAUCGCCCGGUUACAAACAUUUAGUGGAGUUGAAAAUAUUGAUACAUUGUUGCGCCCUUCGACAUAAUUUAAUUGAACAUGAAAGUAACAGUUCUCUCAUCUGAAAUAUCCGUGAGGUAUGCGGUCUUAUUUUAUCACUCCUAAGCAGCAAAGUACUGCUAUUUUUGUGGUCACUUUGUAGGCAACGUUUACUAGCCAUCUAUUAGCUAGGGAAGUUUGGUUGCAGUAGCUGUUAGGUUUGUUUAAAAGUGACAGGAGAUAACAACAAGCUGUAAAACCGAAUCGACGCGAUGAUUCCUGAAUAUAGUCCCCGGACCAGCGAGACAAGAAGCCGUACGCGUUGCCACUAUGGUCAGGCAGCCGAACCAAACCAGAACCGAUGUGGGCUACUCUCCGAAAUCAAAACUCCUAUCAAGAAUGAACUAUUCACUGACCACUACACCAUCAUUCCGGGCAAAGAACUUGGCAGGGGGAAGUUUGCGGUGGUCAGGAAGUGUGUGGAGAAGUGCACGGGCCAGGAGUACGCCGCCAAGUUCAUGAGGAAGAGGAGGAAGGGCCAGGACUGCAGGCUGGAGAUCAUCCACGAGGUGGCCGUUCUGGAGCUCGCCACGGCCAGCCAGCGGGUGGUCAACCUGCACCAGGUCUACGAGAUGGCCGCUGAGAUGGUGCUCGUCCUCCAGUUUGCAGCAGGAGGAGAGAUCUUUAACCAAUGUGUGGCGGAGCGGGACGAGGCCUUCAAAGAGGAGGACGUGAAGAGGUUGAUGAGACAGAUCCUAGAGGGAGUUUCUUUCCUCCACAGGAACAACAUGGUGCACCUGGACCUCAAGCCCCAGAACAUUCUGCUGACCAGCGAUGCUCUUCUGGGGGACAUCAAGAUCGUGGACUUUGGUCUGUCCAGGAUGGUGAGCAGCAGUCAGGAGCUCAGGGAGAUCAUGGGGACCCCGGAGUAUGUGGCUCCAGAAAUCCUGAAUUACGAGCCGAUUAGCACAGCGACAGAUAUGUGGAGUAUUGGUGUGCUGGCCUAUGUGAUGCUGACGGGCAUAUCUCCCUUCCUGGGAGAGGACAAGCAGGAGACAUUCCUCAACAUCUCCCAGAUCAACAUCAGCUACCAGGAGGAGGAGCUGGAGCAUGUAGACCAGGCCGCCAUCACCUUCAUCAAAGCCCUGCUCAUCAAAGAACCCCAGAACCGUGCCACAGCAGAAGAGUGCCUACAGCACCAGUGGCUCCAGCCAAAAGAGAAAAAGGAGGCAGAGGCGACAACAGCGGUGAAAGAGACUAUCAGCCCAACCAAGUGCCCCUCGGAGCCAGCCAGCCCUGAGAGCCCCAUCAGGGAAGAGGAGAAGGAAGGGCCUGUAACAGAGGAGCUGGUCGUGGUGGCAGCUUACACACUGGGCCAGUGUCGCCAGUCAACGGACAAGGAGGUCAUAAACCCCGACCAAAAGGCUAUCUCCAAGCGCUUCAAGUUCGAGGAGCCCUUUAGUGCCCUCCAAGAGGUCCCUGGGGAGUUCAUAUACUAAAGGACACAAACCCACAGACACACAGACACACACACACACACACAGACAUCUCAACCUUUACACAAGGGGUCUUCGCUUCGGUCCUGGAGAGGUACUGGUUGUGUUGGGUCUCCCUCCUGCCGUUCACUAACACACCAGCUAAUUCAGCCGAUCACAGCCCUAAUUGGUUGGUUAGUAAAAUCAGCUACAUUAAUGAUGGCUUGGAGCGAAAGCCUUCACCACCCAGUAGCUCGCCAGGAACCAUAGUGGAGAACGCCUGCUCUUACAUCUAGGUGAAAGCGGUACAAAAUGUCGCACUUACAAACCAGAAUAAAUAUGACACUUUUUAACCCACCUCAUGGUCUGAACUCGUAAGCCAAACUCUAUUUUUUAUUUUAUUUUUUUCCUGUUGUUUUUUGUCUUAUGUUGGUGCUGCUUUACUAUACAUGGGGAAUCGUUACUCCAGACUAAGGCCUAGAUUCAGUCAGAUCAAGCGUUAACCCAUAUCCGACACCCGCAGAGCUGAUGUUUUGGCGGUGUCGGAAGUGGAACUGCGUUGGAGCUGUCAAAUCAGAGCUGCUCUUGUGAUUGUCACGAAACCACAGCCAUCCCACUUGCAUUAAAGUUCAGGACGAGAAAGUGUAGGCGAUAUAGAAAUAAUGACGCUCGAAUGGAAAAGCAAUGAGCAAAAUAAUGAUGAUUUCUAUCCGCCUAAUCGAAGUGUAGAUUACGUCUCACAUUCCAGUGUUCGAACUUGUAAACAAGGCUGCAUGGGAUUUCUCUCAAUGUGACACUGUGCAGCCAAUGACGAUGUGCGCUUUAGGUAUAAUGCCGGGAUCCGUUGUGGAUUUGACAGCUCUAACGCGGUUCCACCUCCGACAAUGUCAAAACAUCAGCUAUGUGGGUUUCGGCUUAAGCCGAUCUGAUUGAAUCUGGCCCUAAGCCUUGUUGUGAUACUUUGUUUUGUUUUUGUUUUCUUCUUCUUUGGUGCCAUGCUUGGAGAAUUAGCAAUAACUUGGGCCAUAAAUGCAAUUGUAUCUUUUUUUUCCCCUUCAGUUUUUUGUCCAUGUUUCGUCAGGCCAUCACUUUUCUUAAGGUGUUUUGUUUAAGGUUAUAGAUAUCCUCUAAAAUGGGAACGGGGGGAGAGAGGGUUAAUUCUAUGUAUGUGAAACAAACGUUCUGUUGCUUUGGGAGUAUAUCUCUAAAUAAUACUGUUUAAAAAGCCCUUGCACACGUUUGACCCAGAACUGGGAACAUCCCAUGGGUUUCAAUCUCUUCGGCAAUAAUUGCAAAUAAUUUACUUGUUUUUGCAGACGGCGCUUGUUUUUCUUUCCUAACUCCCAAUAGUAAUUACUGUAUAUCAAACGAGAGGCUCCUUAUUAUGGGAACAAAUUUGUACAUGAAUGUCCUGAUACUGUAAAUAAAGAUAAGUCUCUAAACCUU